UCGUUGGAUGGAGCAGAAACCUCUCGACGAUCCAGACGACGUUCCAGCCGACCGAGAGGCAUACUACAGUCAGUCAUUGUGCUUGCUCUGUCGUCUGUGAAUACGCUGGUCACGCUGGGCACGCUGGGCACGGUGGGCACGCUGGGCACUCUCUGUUCUGUACGUUCUCUGUAUGUUCUGGAGCAUUGCACCGAUUGCAGCCCUCAUCAUCACUUCAUCAACACCACCACCAACAACAACAAUAACAACAACAACAGUAAGAACAAUCCAAACAUUUUCAAAAGCCCCAUGAACAACCACCCGCAUCACCAUCACCAUCCGGCUCACCCUCAUCACCACGGGGGCGGGGCGGCCCAUCACCCGCCCUCCCACCCCUACUUCUCCGUGCCCAUGAUACAGCCUUUCCCAUUGGCCAAUCAUCUCAAUCAACAACCCAACGGCGGGGCGGGCGGCGGGCUGGCCCCGCCCGGUUACCACCACGUCCACGCCCAUCAUUCGGCCGGGGGCCACGCCCAUGCCUCGGCCGCGCCGGGUGGAUCGACCAGUAGUCAGAAUAAAAGUGGAGGCCAGGGUGGAGGCGGGACUCAAGGGGGCGGGACGCACCCUUUGUUACGAGACUUGGCCUACAUUCGUCGUCGACCCAUCGAAGGCCAGUCCACCACCUCCAUUUCCUCGGCCACCAUUCGUCUGCGGCCCACCACGGGACGGACGGGUCGAGGCGUCGAAGGCGGAGCAUUGGGCGGGCCCGGCGGGCCGGGCUCACCCGCCGGCGGCACCAUGCACCUCAACACGAGUUCGCGCGAUCAUUCGAAAACCGUGGAUUUUAUGUAUUACAAUUCGAGCGAUUCCGAGGACGAGGAUGCGGGUGCGGGCGGCGGGGAUGAUUCGGCCAACGGCGGUCUGUUCCGCGUGUCGUGCAAUUUCUCGGACUGCCUGACCAGCCGUGAAUCGGGCUGUGCGUCUCGUUUCCAGCCGUUGCACCUGGCCUCCGAGUAUGGGACGCGGCACAUGUUGUCCAAUGCCAUGCUCAAGGAGUAUCCCGUGCCCGUGCCCAAUGUCAACAAAGUGUUCUGUUCGCAGUGGCUUUCCCAUCGGCAAGUCGUGUUCGGCACCAAGUGCAACAAGCUCAUGGUCUACGAUGUGAACACACGUCACUUGGAUCAGAUCCCUUCCCUACAAAGUAGCGAGAACUCACGACCGCCGGAGCAGGAGGCCGGGAUCCACGCCAUCGAGAUUAAUCCCUCACGUACUUUGUUGGCCACGGGUGCCAAGAACACCAACGACAUUGCCAUCUACCGGCUUCCCACUUUAGAUCCCAUUUGUGUGGGCGAGGGUGCUCAUAAAGAUUGGAUCUUUGACAUGACGUGGAUUGACGAUCAAUUUGUGGUAUCCGGCUCCCGUGAUGGCACGAUCUCGUUUUGGCGCGUGACCGACAAUCUCAUUGAAGAGGUCACCUCUGCCGCCAUCCCCACUUACAAAUUCAUACGACCCGUCAGAACCAAGGCCUGCAAAGAGGCCGACCGAGUGCGAUCCCUUUGCUAUAACCAUCGAACGCAAGAGAUUGCCGUCAUCUCAUUGAACGGAUACAUUCAUUGUUGGAACGCUUUACGGUUUAAACAGAUAAUGACCAAGAAGCUACCCCAUACCAUGGAGAACGUGUGCUUGGCCACGGACGAGGACGCUCAGAUGUACGCCGUGGGCUCGAAGGCCAACACGGAUCUGUUGGAUGCGAGGACGCUCCAAGCCAUCAAGAAGAUUCCUUCCCGCAAUAACGGCUGCGGAAUUCGCUCGGUCAGCUUCAAAGGCAAUAUUCUGACUAUUGGCACCGGGAUCGGGAUCCUUUUGUUUUGGGAUCUAAGGGCCGGGAAAUUUCUCGAGUCCACUAUGAACAGCAAUCGGGCCGUCAUGUUGAAGACAUCCAAAGGAUGGCUGCAACGCGAACAUGAAUACAUGGAAGGGGGCGUGAAUCUCAACAAGAAUUCUCCCGCGGUUUACACUCAUUGCUUCGACGAAUCUGGGACGAGGCUGUUUGCCGCGGGUGGACCUUUGCCUAGUGGUCUUAAAGGCAACUACAUCGGUUUGUAUCAAUGAAAAUUAGGGGUGGGCUCCAAUCGUCUCACAUGGCCUCCAGCCAACCUCACGCCGAUUCGAAUUUCUCUGGAAACAAUAUCCUCGAUACAUACAGUUUGUUUCAAAGUGUAGGCAGUUCAAGUUUUGCUUGAAACCUACGGAGCCAGAACGACCCAUGGCGGAGGGAGGUCGCUAAUCCGCUCUCGUGUGUACUAUCGGUCGUUCACUCGUUAGCAAACAAACAAGAACAAAAAACAACUGUAUCCGUGCGACGGAAAAUGACUUGACUAUUAUUGUAUCACCAAAAUGAAUUUUGUUGUUACUCAGAAUACCAUUUAGGUUUAUUAUUUGGA